GCAGAACCAUCCUGAUUCAUUAGUCGCCUCUGAAGCAAUCUCUUGUCUGCAACAGCUUCACAUGUUUGCUCCACGUCACGUGAACCUGUCUACGUUAGUUCCUCAUUUAUGUAAUGCACUCUGCAGUCCUCACCUUUUGCUUAGGCGAGCUGCUCUAGCAUGCCUACGUCAAUUAUCUCAACGUGAAGCACGUGAGGUCAGUGACUAUGCAAUGUCACUAGCUAGAGACAGCAACGAAAAUAAUUGGCCUACAGAUACACUCGUCAUAACUGAAACUGGCAUAGAAGGUGUUUUGUUUGGUAUGCUUGACAAGGAAACUGAUGGUAAAUUACGCUCCGAUAUCCACGACACAUUAAUAAGUAUGUUGCUGGAGAUGGCUGGUGACAACUUAACACGAUGGCUGGCAUUAUGCAAGAGCGUCCUGUCUGCAUCGAAAGGUAAGAUUAAGCAUAUUAGUGUUGU